AUGGAUCCAGCCCUGCCUGGGGCCCGCCAGCUGCGGCAGGUGAAGAUUACCCUUCGGGGGGAUUUGUUGACGGACACCUUGCAGGGAACGAGGCCAGCCAAAGCUGGCAGCGUUAACUCUUCACUUGCUGGUCAACACGAGUAUCUGAAGAAAUACAGCCGUCUCCUAACAGAAGAACAGCACAAAGAUGUCACUACAGGGUGUAAAACAAGUACCAGUGGGGCACAUAAUUCAACUUUAGGGAACCACUUGGCUACCCAAGGGAUCCCAAUCCGAACAACGCUCGACAACUCCACCACCGUUCAGUAUGCUGGCCUUCUUCAUCAACUCACCAUGAAAGCCAAGAGCACAGUCAGAGACAUUGAUCCCCAGAACGAUCUCACCUUUCUCAGGAUUAGAUCAAAGAAACAUGAAAUUAUGGUUGCCCCAGAUAAGGAGUACCUUCUCAUUGUUAUCCAAAAUCCAUGUGAAUAGAUCUACUACUCCAGUCUAAGUGAGCUGUGCUACAAUUUUGGAAGUGUCCAGUCUAACCUAUGCUAAAUUAAUGUCAUAACAUUCCACUAAGAAAUUUGUCUUAAAUUUAAAUCUGUGGAAUCAGGAAAGGUCUUUGUGUCGUUGUACAAUCUCAUUGUAUUUGCCUUUUGAUUAUGAAAGUGUAUUCCUAACUCCUUAAAAAAAUAAUAAACCCAAAUGUUUAAAGCAUG